CUUAGAUAGGAAAGCGUAGUUUGGCGUGAAGCUUCACACCACGGACGUACAUUAGUUCGUAUUCACACGACUGUUAUUAGAAUAGUAAAGGUCUUUUGGUGUGUUUGUGCUUAUCAAGACAGCGUUAAGAGUUUUGAAAGAGCCGAAGAUGCCAGCAACACGCAGUAAAAGCCCAGAAAAGAAAAAAAGUCAAGCUGAAUCAGAGGGAAAGAAAAGUACAGAAAAAAAGAAAGAUAAAAAGGAAGAAAAAGAAAGAGGAAGGGACAGGCAGAGACGGGGAGGCUCAUCAAGUAGUGGAUCUGGAAGCAGUUCGUCAGGUUCUAGUAGUCGCUCACGUUCAUCUUCUGGAAGUAGCAGCAGCAGUGGCAGUGGCUCCAGCACCUCUAGGUCUGGAAGCUCUAGUAGCAGCCGGUCUUCAUCAAGCAGUGAUACCAGUGAUGACCGUGACCACCGUCAGAAACAAGGAGCUGCCAAAAGAAAGAAGAGAAGCCCAACUCCCAAGCCCACAAAGGUCCACAUUGGACGUCUAACACGCAAUGUUAACAAGGACCACAUUCAGGAGAUAUUUUCUAUGUACGGAACCAUCAAGUUAAUUGAUAUGCCAAAUGAUCGUACUCAUCCAAACAUGUCCAGGGGGUUUGCCUACAUAGAAUAUGAAAAUUCAGAGGAUGCUGAAAAGGCUAUCAAAUACAUGGAUGGGGGCCAAAUUGAUGGUCAAGAGGUGACAGCAGCUGCAGUGCACAUGCCAAGACCAGCAAGGGUGCCUCCAAGACGGAGUCCACCACGCAGACCUCCACCUCGAUGGAGAAAUUCACCACCUCGUUUUAGAGGUGGAAGAUCAUCACCACCACCACGCAGACGCAGUCCACCACGACGAAGAACACGAUCUCGUUCCCCAGCAAGGCGUCGUCGUUACAGUCGUUCAAGUUCCAGUUCUUCGCGUUGAUGUUUUGAAAGUUUUGCAGUUACGUACAUUAAUUUCAUAUUUUGAUUUGGUCUGUAUCAUUUUAUCUUUGGAUUAGUUUGGGUCUUUUUUGUUUAGGACAGGGUGUUACUCAGCCUGUUUCAUUACUUGUCUAUUAUGAGCUAGAUGACAUCUAGUGGAAUUAAUGUCAUUUAAGUGUUUUAGUAAAACAUAUUGUAAAAUUGUUCACUUGAAAACAAAAAGUUCAAUAAAAGAAAAGUAAAAAUGGA